CACACUUGGCGAUGGCAAAAUAGUCUGGGUUAGGGAUCUCGCUAAGAAGAUCCAGGAUCAGGCGCAGGAUCUCGGUUCUCAGGCCACGCUCCUGGACAAUGUCCAUGGAGAUCUUGAGAAGAUAGUCCAUGAGCUCCUCGGCUGGGCUCUGUGUGCUAUCCUUGGACUGCUUGCCCUCCUCGCUGGCCCGCUUGAUGACCCUCCGGAGAACCUCGAGGUUCUUGGCCUCCACAGCGAUACCAACAACCUGUCUGUAUUUUCCCUGCUUCAAGCAGCUCUCAAAGAGACGCUCGAUAACAUUUUGAAGGGCUUUUUGGGUGCUGCUGUCGGUGAUUUGGACGACCGAGUUGGAGCGCCCCUCCUUGGUUGGCUGGAAAGUGGGGUCCAGGAUAGUGUUGUCGGUCGAGGCACGCGAGAGGAAAGACUUGGGUGGCAAGGUCGACUGGGAGAAGGGCGUGGUUGGCGAGAUCAAGGCAGAGCCGUCGAUGGAGCCAGUGCCAAAGGUGGUUUCUAGAGAGAUGUUGGCCUUGCUCUGUUUCGAAGGGACAUGGCGGGCCGACGAGACGGCAAUGUACUGAUCGACGCACUUGGAGAGGAUAGUCUCCUCGAACUCGCCAGGAGCAUCGAAGUUGAACAGGGGCCCGGCGGCCAAGGCAAAAGUCAUGCUCUCAUUAUAAGCCUGGAGAUGGAAAUAAACCUUGGCCAAAACAAGGGCAGCGAGGCGACGCUCGGGGAAGGACUCGUCCUCGUAAAGGGCCUCACUGUGUGGCUCAAAACACAAAUGAUCAGCUUAGAUUGGCAAGACACAGCGCGGUUGAUACACAAUCACGUACAUUUGACUCAACGAACUGGCAACCUCGGUCCAAACAGUGUCGAUGUCGUCGUUGAGAGUCUUGAGGGCGAAGACCUUGAGCUCGGGCUCCUCGUCAGUGAGAAAAGCCAACACUCCGCUGGCUGUAACGAGGCCUGGCAUUGUGUCGAUGCGCUUCGAUGUCGGGGGGGGGUAGUGAUUGUAUUUCAAUAUCUCAGCGAGGAUUUCGCAGAUCAAGACUCGAAAGUAAGCUGCGCGCUAAGGGUCGAGAUGGAUGAUGUGGUGUUGAGAAUGUGGUGUUGUUGAAGCUUCGUUGCUUGGAGCUUGUUGUUUGGCAGCGGCGCUUUCCAGGUUGGACUCCAGUCCACGUCAGGAGCUCUGCCUGCCUGCCUGCCUCGCCCAGGCUUGGCCUUGGGCUUGUCUGGGACAAAGGGCCAAGAGAGGCCAAGGCUGAUGUUAGUCAGCGGGUAAGCCAAUCAAUGGCCAGCUCGGAAGCUUAUAUUUUGCGCUCCGCCGUUUGGUGGUCCAUGCUCCCCAAGCUUUGUCAUAAGGCUGGAUGGACAGCCGGGGCAGCUGGGGUCGCUGAGUGCGACAGCUGUCCACUGCGACCGGAAACUUUUGUGUUUGUCGGCUUUUGGCUUUUGGCUGUGACGGGAGCCUCUUGCAGUCAAAUCAGUCUAUAUCUCCCUUGUACACCGUAACACUCAACUUCGGUCAGCUCAAGCUGGUGCAGAGCUGGAUGAGUGGAUCUUUGAAUGUAGACAGCGUGUAUCUGUACUGAUCUCAGGGCACGCCAUUGCCACUGACCUCGCGAGUUGUGCCUCUGGACGGCAUCGAUGCCGGAAGCGGGAAAAAACGCACUGUUAGCCGUGAUUUGAGAAAUCCCUCCCCCCCCCGACACGAGAGAGCAACAGACAUACCGAUACCUACCGUAUGCGCGUGGACGGACCAGGUCCCAGCCCAGCAAGCGACUCCACAAUCCACUCGGCGGACCUGCGUUUGGCACAAGGCGUUUGCACACAUCAACCUUUUUCCUAGCUCGCCAUCCUCCCCAGCCCCCAUGACGCCCAUAUCGUGAUAAACACGCCCGCGCUCCCCGCUCAUCCCCUCCUCCCAUCGCCUGUUGCGCCCCAUGGCCCGCGUCGCGUGGUGAUGUGCGACUGAAUCCGAGAGAACGAACCGACGUGUCUGUCUGGCUGCGCAUCAAGAGCAACGAAGGAGAUGCGAUGACCACCAGCUACAGCUACACAUCCCGAACCUACCAUCCAUCCAUCCCAUUGCUCCUUUGUGCGCGCCCCGAAAUCGCGCCCCGAUCCUGUCGCCAUCGCCGUCGCCGUCGCAUCGCUAUUGUCUGGAAUAAAGGAACAUGCAAGAGACGGGCCAUCAGCUGAAGUGAGCGCAGAGAGCAGAGAGCAGAGAGCAAGGUUGGAAGUAGAGAGAGACGACAGAUAAGAACAAUCAAGACGUUAUAUCAGAGCUGUGGUUCAAGAUGGAUCUCAGGGUCAUGCUGAACGACAAUGGGCCUGCUGCCUCGACACCCAGCAAGCCGCCACAACCACCGACACUGCAGCCAGCACCGCAGCACCACCAGCAACAGCACCACCAUCAGCAGCAGAUGCAUCCACAGCCGACGCUGCCAUCGACACCGAUCCAAACAAACCCCCAUCAGUCGUUCCGUGACUACGGCCAGCAGCCUCAGCCAUCCCCGAGCCGUCACGUAUCGCACGACUACGGCGCCCGACAGCGGGCACCUUCGGGCGCCUUCACAUCGCCGCCUCCCUAUCCGAGCGCAGGUCCAUAUGGCGCCGGUCGACCACCUCCACCAUCCAUCCAGCCGAUGCCAAUGCCACCAGCCGAGCUCCGGUCGCCGAGCAUGAGCUCCGGGCCCGUCCCGUCCCCGUAUCGGCAGACACCAGGCUCCUCCUCAAUCAGCACGGCGAGCGGCUACCCUUUCCCACCACAGCAAGCCCCCACCAGCCCUGUGCAACGACACCAGUAUACGCCGACCAGCGCCUACCCCAGAGAAGGCUACGGCCAGCCGACGGGUGUUGCUGGUAUGACAGGGCCGCCUUCUUCGUAUAUGCAAGGAUCGCACGUUCCGCAGACGCCUCCGGUUGGCACUCCGGGCGGGCCACACGCCUAUGUCCAACGAUCGCACUCGGCCCAUUCGACGCCGACACCGACGUCAGCACACAGCCAACCGGCACAAUAUGGCGCGCCUUUUGUGCAAGGCAGUCCCGUGGCAGCCCCCCAUCCGCUUCCGCAGCCGGACCUGCAGCGACAAUCCUCGCUGCCACCCACGCCGGGAGGGGGAGCAGGUGCCGUCCCUCUGUCGGCGCGCCCUGCGCAGGUGUCAACUGGGUACGGCCAGCCGACCAGUCCGUACGGACAACGGCUGCCAGCUCCAAGCUUCCAUGGGCACUCGACACCACACACCUCUCCACCACCUCCUCCACCACCUUCCCUGCCCCGGAACUCGAGCGUCCAAAGUUCAGGCCAGCAUGACCCACACAGUCGAGACUCAGUAGGCCGGGGCCCACCUUCACACGGUGACAGAGACCGGAGCCUUAGCGUCAGUCCCAAAACUCGAGUCCCCAGUUUGCCAAGCAGUUCUGGCCGUCCUCGUUCUUCUGUUUCCGACUUUGAUUCUCGUAUUAUUAAUCCCCCCAUCCAUCCGCCACCAUCUACCACCACCAUGGCCCCGAUUGCAGAACAGGACGCCGCCCGAGACCGCGCCUCGACUCCCGCCAAGCGCAAACUCGCCGAGCGCGAGCUUCGACCCGACGAACUCGAAAACCGCGAUACGCGACCGCCUCCGCUGCGAGACUCCAGCGGCCGCCCUGCACUCGUCGAUGCCGGCGCCGUUCCAUUGAAUGCGCGACGAGCCAUGGUUGCGCCCGAGAAAAAGAGGAGAAAAGUGUACACACAACCGCCCGUCUGGGCGCAGUCCCAGGACGGCCGUCCACUGCACAAAGCCAACAGCAUCUUAUUCCACCCCGUCCCCUUCUCCGGCUCGGUAUCUCAUCAGACCAACGGCACCAAGACCGAGCCCCAGCCCAGCCGGCAAACAUCCCCCGAAGAAAAACGUUCCAUCGCCGCUCCCCGAGACCACCAGUCGGCACCACUACCACCACCCGGGCCGCCGCAGCCGGAUGCUGCCGCGAUAGCGUCGGGGCUAGGACCAUGGGAACCCAGCAUCGUCAACACUGCUCUUCCCUAUGACUCUUGCACAAAACACAUUGCCGAUUGGCUAACUCAUUUCGUCCUCGGCUCACCAGACAUCCAAGAGAUGGAGGCCAGGGGUGUCAAGUUUGAGAUUGAGGCGAAACUGGGCACAAUAAUAGACAAGGAUACUUCGGAACGUCUCCGCCUACCAAUAUACACCGAGUGCGUGCUGGAAGAGGGGGAAUGGGUCAAGUUUCAAAGUAGCAUGUCCGAGUCUGAACACCGCUCCUUCAACGACUUCCUGAACGAGAUGGUCAAAGAGACCCACGUGAACCGCACGCGCGUCCCGAUCGAAUAUCUACACCGCCGCGAAAUCGACCGAUUCGUCGAGCUACCUCCCGAGAUCCGGGACAGGCACCUGCCCAAGUGCGUGACGAGGCUUGCUGGCCGAAAGCCACCACGGGUGAGGAUCACGUACGAAAAGAAGACGAAUCAGGUCUUGGCUCGUAUAGUGAAGGCUCGGGUUGCGGACACCAAUAUUCACUUCCCGCGAUCACCGCUAGAUUGUCGCAUUAGUAUCAAUCUGGAGUGGACGUGGGAUGGGCCACCGCAGGUUCUGGAUCAGCUGGUGAAGGAGCAGGGCGGGGGGAGUUAUCAGAGGGAUAAGGACCGGUUGUGUUAUAAGCACCGGUUUUAUCAGGUGGAUUUGACGCAAGUUAUAUCACAGAACAAGGAGCAUGAGUUGGAGGUUGAACUGGAUCCGGCCGCGCUGUUUGAUCAGGGGAGGAGGGCGAUGGAUCAGCAGCCAAAUCAGUAUAUGGAAUUGGUGGGCGGGUUGGUGAAUAAUAUCAGGGUGUUGGCGCACAAGGCGGCGGAGUUUCGUAGCUGA